AUGCCACCCCUCGACUCGCAACAGGCCCAACACCAAUACCAACAAGACCACGACCUCCUCCUCUCUGUACGCCUCCCUCUCGCUCUCCUUCCCACUCUCCUCUACACCUCCUCCCCUUCCUUCCUCCUAUUCCAUAAUCUAACUCCUCCCCAGCUCCAGACCUCGCUCCGCAACUGCGCCUACACCUUUGGCGUCCAGAGCCCGCAGUACGCCAGCCUGAAAAGUAUACUGGACGAGCAUGUCGCCGUGUGCGCUCUGAAGGGUCUGCGUAUUAUUGAUGGUGAUGGUCCUGAGGGAUCUGGUUCUCGUUCCGGUGAGGGUACUCGGCAAGCUGGGUCGAAGGAGGAAAGGUGA